GGGCGGUCCGGAGAGGGCAGGGCCGGACUGGUCGUCGCGCUCGUCGGUCGCGCUCCGAGGCGCUCCGUGGCUCUCCCGGCGGGGGGCGGCGGGUAGCGGGGGCAGGCAGGGGCGCGCGCCGCGGGAUCUGUUACCAAGGCCGGUCGGCCUCUCCACCCGAGCGGCUGCCGCGGGCCGAGGCUCGGGCGCCCCCGCCAUCUUCAAGGCGGCCGGCCGGGCAGGGCCGGAGGCCGGGGCGCGGGGCGGUCGCGGCGGCGGCGGCGGCGGUGGGCGGGACGGCGGGGCUCCCCCUGCCCGCGCCCCGGAGAUGAGGCGAAGAUGUCGGUGUCAGGGCUCAAGGCCGAGCUGAAGUUCCUGGAGUCCAUCUUCGACAAGAACCACGAGCGGUUCCGGAUCGUCAGCUGGAAGCUGGACGAGCUGCACUGCCAGUUCCUGCUGCUGCCGCCCGGCAGCCCGCACCCGCCGCCGCUCACCAUCCACUGCAACAUCACGGAAUCUUAUCCGUCUUCAUCACCAAUAUGGUUUGUGGAAUCGGAUGACCCCAAUUUGGCAUCAGUUUUGGAACGUCUUGAAGACAUUAAAAAGAGCAACACCUUGCUUCUUCAGCAACUGAAGCGGUUAAUAUGUGACCUCUGCAGAUUGUACAACCUCCCUCAGCAUCCUGAUGUUGAGAUGCUUGAUCAGCCACUGCCUUCGGGUCAGAAUGGGACAACAGAUGAAGUUACUUCAGAAGAAGAGGAGGAAGAAGAUAUGGGUGAAGACAUUGAAGACUUAGAUCACUAUGAUAUGAAGGAAGAAGAGCCUGCUGAUGGGAAGAAGUCUGAGGAUGAAGGCAUCGAAAAAGAAAAUCUAGCAAUUUUAGAGAAAAUUAGGAAGAAUCAGAGGCAAGACCAUCUCAAUGGUGCAGUGUCUGGAUCAGUGCAGGCUUCAGAUAGACUCAUGAAAGAGCUCAGGGAUAUCUAUCGAUCACAGAGUUAUAAAACAGGAAUUUAUUCAGUGGAACUCGUAAAUGACAGCUUAUAUGAGUGGCAUGUUAAACUUCUCAAGGUUGAUCCUGACAGUGCAUUACAUCAUGAUCUUCAGGUCUUAAAAGAAAAAGAAGGUGUAGAAUACAUUUUGCUUAACUUUUCUUUUAAGGAUAACUUCCCUUUUGACCCUCCUUUUGUUCGAGUGGUGGCUCCGGUCCUCUCAGGAGGGUAUGUGUUGGGUGGCGGUGCGUUAUGCAUGGAACUUCUCACGAAACAGGGCUGGAGUAGUGCCUAUUCCAUAGAGUCGGUCAUCAUGCAGAUCAAUGCCACGUUAGUCAAAGGAAAAGCCAGAGUACAGUUCGGAGCCAAUAAGAAUCAGUACAAUCUAGCAAGAGCACAACAGUCCUAUAAAUCCCUAGUACAGAUACAUGAGAAGAAUGGCUGGUACACACCUCCAAAGGAAGAUGGUUAAGUGGGUGAACCAUUCUUUGCCUGGACCGAUGUCACUAUAAUGAAAUUCCUGCCAGCAGACAAUAAGCUACAAGUGCCCCAUAAACAGCCGUACUGAAGACUCUAGCUAUUAAAUUUGUUAGUGGAGAAAAUGUUAUUUGACAUCCAGUGUAGGCCACAGCCUUUCCAUGCUGCUCAUCACAGGUAUCUGCGGCUGAGCAGUCUGGGGCCUUUAUUGGUCCGUUUCUCCCCAAUCUCCCUUUCAUUGGAAGUGAAACCUCUAAAGCCGGCGAGUCCACAUCAAGUUACACAUGUGCACACACACACACACACACACACACACACCACGCGCACACGCACACACACAGAGAUACACACACACAGAUUUGAUGAAUCGCGAUGGGGUUGGAGAGUCUUACCUUUCGUAGGAUAACGGGCUACACAGACUUGCAACAUAUGGUUUCAUUUAAAGCCAGUAAAAUUUCAAUCAUUGUUUAAUACUGUUUUAGAGAUUUCAGGUCUUGUAAAAUCACAGGUUUGGGUUUUUUUUUCUGGUCUAAAAUGAAAACAUUUAUAGUAUUGCCAAAUUAAUGACAUAGGAAAACCCACAUAUAUGUUGUCAUUACACUUUUAAAAAAUGGCUACAUGAAGAUAUGAACCGUUUCUCAAAAAGAUACUUGUGACUGGAUUAUGUUGUAUUUGAGCAGAGCAAGGCUGUGCCAGUUAAAAACUUGGAACUUGGCAUUUCCACUGGGGCCUCAGUCUUGCUGGGUUGCACCUGCUACUUCUUGGUUCAAUUUACCUUACAAAGAGGAGCCACAGUGUAAAGCUUGAAGUUAUUUAAAAUAGUAGAAGCCGUUGGAGGCGUUCCAUUUAUUAACGGGGUGUUGCAAUCAUUUGUAAACUAAUGAACUUCUCAAGUGAUUGGCCCAAGAAAAUUCAGUCCUUGAGCAAAUUCUCUUAUCCAUCAGAGAACAAAAAGACAUCACUUCUGAAGAAUUUUAAAAUAAUGUUGCCGGAGUCACAGCCGUGGGUUUGAUGGUGACUGGUGGGAAUAUACACACGAUGUGAACGCUUUUUCUCUUUCUUAGAAGAUGGUAUGAAUUGGUGUAAUGUCUUCAUUUUAUUGCCUUACUUGAACCAGUUCUAUUUGGUUACUAACAGACCUUUUGUACCCCAGGUUUAAACUCAAGGUAUCAUUUAAGUAUUAAGCACUUUUUAAAAGAAACCCAGGAGCAGCACAUCUUCCUAUUCCAUACCUGUCAGUUAAAACAUGAAAGGGUUUUUUUCUUAUCAGGCAUUUGCUUUAAGAUCCAGUUUUUAGCUUUGAAAAUCACAUCAGAAAGACUUGGCACUACUUCUGCUAUCUUGUUUUUAAUUACCUUUUAGGUUGUUUGUUGUUUGUUUGUUCUUCAUUUUAAAUUAAAGGUAGAUGAUGAUGUCCUAGCCUCCUUGCUUAUUUGGUUCUAUUUGUAUAAAGUCCUGAUAGCUUGUUGCUCAGAUAACAGCCUUAAGUCUUAAGGCUGAGCUCUUUUAAAGCAUUUUAAAGUUCCUUAACCUGAGGCUAAAAUAUUGAAUACAUUAUUGAAUUCUUUAAUACUCAGAUGGAUAACAGGUUGACAGCUGUGCAUUUGGCAUGCUUAGUUUUGGAUUUCAUUUUUCAUUGCAGAAUUAUUUGGCAAUGUAAAGUCAAUUUGUAAACUUGCAUCAAGUUUAUGAAUAAAGAACCAUUUUAAAAAUGA